AUGUUAGAACGCACUGAUCUGAGCAUGGAUGCAAGUUUCGGCGGUAAAAUGGACGAUGAGGAUGAGCUGAACAACCAGGGUGUUAUACUGAUACACGGAAUUGGCAAUAAAAUCACCAGGUUUCAGGGCAUGGUGAAGCAUCUACUCUCAAAAGGUUACAAACAAUCUGAGAUUUAUGGGACAACUUGGGGCGAUGCUGGUGCCACGCCGGCCGCACUGGUAGAUAUGAAGUGCUCUUACGUAAAGCAGAUCAGGAGUAUGAUAAUUGCUGUCCGCCAGUACACUGGUACGCGGGUUGACGUGAUUGCUUAUUCGAUGGGUUCGCCAAUUGCUCGAAAAGCGAUUCUUGGUGGGAACUGCGUCGAUACGCGUGAGAUUCUCGGUCCACCUUUAACAGAAUUAAUCGACACAUACCUCAGUGUGGCUGGUGCUAACUACGGUAGCGUUUUGUGCAUUGUGCCGAUACCGGUUGGGACAUGCAAUCGGAGGACCGGACUGCACUGCAAGUCCACAUUCCUGCAGGAUAUUAAUGCACAGACUCGAUAUGAAGGGACAUUCAUUUUCAGUAUUUUUUCGGAUGGCGAUGAAAAGAUUGGCUUUCGUGCUUGUGACACAUUGCUUAGUCCAAUUAAAGGUGAAACAGGAUUUGUGAAGAAAGAAUUCCUGAGUCACGAUCUUACGAUGGAUAGCACCUAUGAGAUGCAACGAAAUUUCAUCCAGAAACAACGACCCAUCUGA